CAGGAACCUGGAGCAUGGGCUCCCCAGGGGCCGCGGUAGGCUGGGGGCUUCUGGAUUACAAAACUGAGAAGCCUGUUGGGUUCUGGCCACAGAGCUGAUGGGCCUCAUCUUGCUAAGAGUGCCCAGGGUGCAGCAAGAAGUUGUCCCUGACAUUUGUGAGAGCUGGAGCACUAAGGCCCAGGAGAGAGACUACAGUUUCAGCUGUGGGCCCUUCUGGCCAAAAAGGGCUACCAGGAGCAGGACCUGGACCCCCAGACUUCUGUCAUCACCAAACUCAAAGGGGUUUCUAUGACCCAAAUCAAGGAGCUAGGGGACCGGCUAUGGGACGUGGCUGACUUCGUGAAGCCAUCACAGGGUGAAAAUGUAUUCUUCUUGGUGACCAAUUUCCUUGUGACACCAAAGCAGGUUCAGGGCACAUGUCCAGAGCACCCCUCCAUCCCACUGGCCAAUUGCUGGGCCAAUGAGGAUUGUCCAGAAGGAGAGACGGGGACACACAGUCACGGUAUAAAAACAGGUCAGUGUGUGGUUUUCAAUGGGACGCACAGGACCUGUGAGAUCUGGGGCUGGUGCCCUGUGGAGAGUGGCACUGUGCCAAUGAAGCCUUUGCUGGUCCAGGCCAAGAACUUUACACUGUUCAUUAAAAACGCAGUCACCUUUAGCAAGUUUAACUUUUCCAAGUCCAAUGCCUUAGAGAUCUGGGAUGACACCUAUUUCAAGAGUUGCCGCUAUGACCCCCACUCAAGCCCCUAUUGCCCUGUGUUCCGAAUCGGGGACCUUGUGGCUGCAGCUGGAGGGGUCUUUGAGGAUCUGGCAUUGCUGGGCGGCGCUGUGAAUAUCCACAUCCGCUGGGAUUGCAACCUGGACAGCGGGAAUUCUGACUGCUGGCCCCACUACUCCUUCCACCUGCUGGAGAGAAGCUACAACUUCAGGACAGCCACUCACUGGUGGGAGACCUCUGGCGUGGAGGCCCGGAAUCUGCUCAAGCUCUAUGGGAUCCGUUUUGAUAUUGUGGUCACUGGGAAGGCAGGGAAGUUCGGGCUCAUCCCCACAACCAUCACUCUGGGCACGGGAAUGGCUUGGCUGGGUGUGAUCACCUUCUUCUGUGAUCUACUGCUGUUGUAUGUGGAUGGAGAAGCCCAAUUUUACUGGAGGACCAAGUAUGAAGAGGCAAAGGCCCCGAAGGCGACCGUCAACCCUGAGCAGACAGAGCUGGCUUCCAUAUCCUCACACUCGGUUGCCCAGGUGUCUUAGAGGGGACCCUGCCCUCUCGGUUGCUGCUGCUGCUGGGAGCUGAGAGUGAUGCCAGGGUGGCGCUCUCAAGCUAUGGGCCCAAUUGUCAGUUUACUCCUUUCCCCUGCUGGUUGGGGGUCAGGAAAGGGAAGGGUGGGGACUCCACCCUUGGGACCUUAUGGAUGGGGCCCCCCUGGGACCAGAGAUGGGAGGAGAAAAAUCUACCCUUCACUUCCCAGGAAGAUUGUCCUCCUUUGACUCCAGUCUCUCCAGGGUGACAGAAGUCAGCUUUGUGUAGAGACCUGCAGCAGACUAAGAGCACAGAGAGGAGGGGAGCUCAGGUCCCUACACUGUAGGGUGCCUGGAUCUGGAGACCAAUCUCCCAGGCAGUCACCAGUGUUUGUAAUAGCAGCCCCCUUAUCAACUAUCAGUAGUAAACACUGGUUCUGGUAGACUAUAACCCUGGCUAGUUUCCAUUCCUCCUUUCCCACAGUGUGGGGGGUAUUGAAUGAGUAGAGCCCUAACCCUCUCAGAUGCCUUUCAAUGGCACCCCGGCAACCAGGGCAAGGUAAGCAGAGCUCUGACUCCUCACAGUUUGUUUCAGCUGCUCUGGUCCCACCCAACUUUGGAACUCAGCGAUGGAACAGAGAAUGUUCCAGGCAGAUGACCCAACCUCUUAGGAUGCUAGGCAAGGAUGAGGAGCCUAUUUGGCCCAUACCUGCUAGGGCACUUCCCAGGGGCAGCCUUGGGUUAUGGAGGGCUGUAAUGAAGAGGAGAAGAAGGAAGGCUGGUGGUCACUGAGGUCUUCUGUAUGACUCCUGGAUGACCCUCAUACCAACCCCUGGAAUCUGGACUUCCUAGAAAGUCAUAGGAGUGAGGAGGCUGUACAUCUGGAAUUCACUGCACUCAAGCUCAUGCCUAAGUACAUGUUUUGGCAUCUGCUUACCCCUCCCUGAAGCAACUGCAUAAGGGAGGACUCGACAAUGACUUUCAGACCUGCAGGACCUAGAGGCAGGAAGGAAAAUCCUUAACAUAGGAUGCCGAGGCCCUUAGCCUGGUCUGGUUCUGACUGGAAUCCUUCCAGGGUUCCGAGCCCUGCCUGAUGGAGCAUUUCCCUGGACCCAGGCCCAUGGGCAAGAGAGGAGGAAUGGGGGCGCAAGAACCAGGACAGAGGCAGGGAUGUGGGAGUACCUACCCAGAGAGGUGAAGGGCUUUCUCACGGGUGCCUGGUAGUCAGGGUGUGCUGACAGCUUGCUGGUGGAGGAACAUGGGCCAGACUGAAGAGGGGUAGGGUGCGGCUCAGGCUGUGCUAGCAUCUGGAGUCAUCUGACCCUUGAAGCCUCAGCAAAGCCGUGGAGUCCUUCCUGCCUCUCUGAGCAGUGUCCACGAGCAGGUGGGCUGGGGUGAGAAGCAUGGCCCUGAGGUGUGGGGAUUGGCAAAGGGUCACAAAUACCUUGUUGUUCUCAGAGCCUAGUGAGAGCUGAUGUCACCACUGCAGAACGUGCAGAAGUAAAGUCUACCAAAGCCAGCA